CUACGUCACGGCAGAGCAGUCUCAGCCAGCAUAUAAAAGAGCCAGGACAAGCCUGUCGUGCUAAAGAUCCACUAGCUUUGCUCUCGACAAGACAAUUCCGCUAGCCUGUCAGCGUUUGCUGCAGUUCACGCCUUCACCAGGCCACCAACUGUGUUAGGGAAUAUCACAAGGUAUUUCCGUUGUCUGUAAGAAUGUCGACUGGCGUGACAUCUGAAGAAAUGUCCGUGUCCAACCCAGCCCCAGAACCCGCCUGCAUUGACCUGAACAACAGUUACACGAUACUCAAGACUCUGGGGAAAGGAGCGUACGGGGACGCUCUUUUGGCACGUUGUGCCCGGACUGGCACCACAGUGGCUCUCAAGAAGGUGCUCAAGAAAAACACCAAGCUGAAAGACUUUCAACAAGAGGUGAAUUUGAGUUAUUACCUGUCGCCCCACCCGUGUAUUCUGGACGCGUACAAUGUAGCUUACCAGACCGCGGAGGCUUAUGUGUUCGUUACUGAACACGCACCUUGUGGUGACUUAUUCGAGGCCAUUCCGCCCCAUGUAGGCAUCAGAGAGUACAGUGCCAAACUGGUCGUCACUCAGAUCGCUUCAGCUCUGGACUUUAUGCACAGUAAACAGAUUGUUCACAGAGAUCUUAAGCCGGAAAACGUACUCAUGUUCAAAUCGGACUUUUCUCGUGUGAAACUCACCGACUUUGGCCUUUCGCGAAAGGAAGGAACAGUUGUGAAGAAAAUAGACGGUUGCAUUCCGUAUACCCCGCCUGAGAUCUGCGAAGCGGCUAGUCACGAGAGCUUGACUGUGUCCAAAGCCGAGGAUACCUGGUGCCUUGGAGUCAUGAUGUUCUGCAUGCUGACGGGAAACUUCCCUUGGGAAAAGGCAACAGAAGUCAACACCCAUUUCGCAGAAUUCCGUUCCUGGCAGAGGCGAAAAUACACCCGCGUUCCUUCACUUUGGAGGAAAUUGUCACCACGCGUCAUGAAACUCUUUAGAAAAUUACUCGACUGCAAGCCAAAGAAACGACCGCCGGUGAACGAGGUGUUCAAAUUCAUCGAGGACAAAUGGGUUAUUACUCGUAAAGGCUCUCACGAAACUGACGAGAGCAGUGUGUCUGGAAGUGACCUUACCGAAGAACUUAGCUUAGGCUACGAAUGGAAUCGCCAAAUUUCGGAUAUAGAUCUCAACGAGAAAGACUUAAGAACGUCAGAGUGGGUGCUGAGCCUGUCGUAGCGAAGAGACUGUGUCAAAAGGACUUCACCCGGUGAUAUGUUUCAUAAAGUGAUAGGUGUAAACGGUUAGAUCUUGCGAUUGUUUGUGUUAUCCGUCGAGCCGAAGCUGUGCACCAUUUGUAUAUAAAAUUGUACAUUUCAAAGAACUGUAACUGAGCCCAUGCGAUUAUCUUCCAUCACUGUACUAUCACUCAGUGUAAAAAGUUAUUGUUUUUUUGCACCAGUUCAUCACUAAUAAAAUAAAUCUA